AUUCAGGAGCUGUCUUCACAAACACACAGAGACUAAGAACAUCUUUUUGAUUGUGUCGUGAUUUCUACAGAUACAGUGAAAUGGCAGAAACCAAUAUUUCAGUGGCUCCGUAUCAGUUCUGCUGUCCAGUGUGUCUGGAUCUCCUCAAGGAUCCAGUGACCAUUCCCUGUGGACACAGUUACUGUAUGAACUGUAUUACAGACUGCUUUAAUGAAGAUCAUAAUACAGGGAUAUACAAAUGCCCUCAGUGCAGACAGACCUUCAAUCCAAGACCUGCUUUAUGUAAAAAUGUGAUGUUUGCUGAAAUGGUGGAGAAACUGAAGAAGACGAGAAUCCAAGAGACUCCCUGUUACGCUGGUGCUGCAGAUGUGGAUUGUGAUGUCUGUACUGGAAGAAAACAGAAAGCGGUCAAGUCCUGUCUGGUGUGUCUCAACUCUUACUGUCAAAAUCAUCUUGAACAACAUGAAAAUCUGUUCAAGACUAAGAGACACAACUUGACUGAUGCCACUGGACGACUCCAGCAGAUGAUCUGCCCUCGACAUGAUAAAAUGCUGGAAAUUUACUGCCGCACUGACCAGAAGUGUAUUUGUAUUCUGUGUAUGGUGGAUGAACACAAGAACCACGACAGUGUAUCAGCUGCAGCAGCGAGAACUGAGAAACAGAUACAUUUUGAGGAAACACAAAUUAAACUCCAGAAGAGAAUCCUGCAGAAAGAGAAAGAUGUUCAGGAUCUGAGUGAGGCUGUGAUGUUUCACAAGCACUCUGCACAGACAGCAGUGGAGGACUGUGAGCUGAUCUUCACUGAGUUGAUCUCAUCCAUUGAGAGAAGGCGCUCUGAGGUGACACAGCUGAUCAGAGAUCAGGAAAAGGCUGCAGUGAGUCGAGCUGAAGAUCUCUUGGAGCAACUGGAGCAGGAGAUUGAUGAUCUGAGGAGGAGAAAUGCAGAGAUGCAGCAGCUUUCACACACUGAUGAUCACAUUCAUUUCCUUCAGAGUUUCCAGUCACUCUCUGUGCCUCCUGGAUCAACAGACAACAUCAAUGUCACUUCUCAUCUCUCUUAUGAUCAUGUAGUGAAAUCUGUCUCACAACUCAGAGACAAACUGGAGCAGUUCUGUACAGAGGAGACCGAGAAGAUAUCUGCUAUAGUUAAAACUACCCAGAUCAAUUUCGCACCUGAAAAUGAGACCAGGAAGGAGUUCCUACAAUAUUACCGUCCGUUCACUCUGGAUCCAAACACAGUGCAUAAACAUUUUAAUCUGUCUAAAGAGAACACCAAGGCUUCUUACACUAAAGCAGUUCAGCCGUAUCCUGAUCAUCCAGACAGAUUUGAUUAUUGGUGGCAGGUGUUGUGUAGCGAGAGUUUGGAUGGACGCUGUUACUGGGAAGUGGAGUGGAGUGCGAAUGAAGGUGCUUGUGUGGGUAUCGCAGUGACAUAUAAAAACAUCUGCAGGAAGGGACAGCAUAACAAGUGUUUGACUGGACGUAAUGAACUGUCCUGGAAAUUAUCCUGCUCUAGCUCCAGAUACAGAUUCUGGCACAAUAAUAUUAAGACUGAACUGCCUGAAGUAUUCCCCAACUCCAGAAGAAUAGGAGUGUAUGUAGAUCACAAAGCAGGAAUUCUGUCCUUCUACAGCGUCUCUGACACAAUGAGCCUCAUUCACAGAGUCCAGACCACAUUCACUCAACCUCUGUAUCCUGUGUUCGGACUAGAUAAAAACACAGCUGUGAAACUGUGCCUUCUAAAAGCAUAAAUUAUAAAGAUAUAUAAUCCGUACAGUAACUCGGGUCCUUCUGGAAACCUAUGUACAGUCUUAGGGGUGUCAAUUAGUUAAAAUUUGUAAUCAGAUUAAUUAAACGACAUGCAGAUUAAUUGAUCAAAUUAACUGCAAUUAAUUGCAUAUAGCAUAUUUUGUUGAGAAAGCCCCCCAAAUAAAGAUAAUUCAAUAUAAAUAAUACAUAAUAGUUCCAAUAUUUGUACAUAUCAUCACUGUCCGAUGAAAAACUCGUGUCUCAAGAAUUAAAUUUUUUCAAGAGCAUAGAAAAACCCUUUUUCUCAUAAAUAACUUUACAAAAUGAAUCGAAAAUAACACAGUUAGUCACUUAUUUUUGUCUACGAAUGUGGACAUACACUGUUUCUUAUCAUGGGUUUCAAUUACAGACUUGAGUCUAAGGGCGAUUUACACUUCUGUGUCAAAUUCGUCACUUGCUACAUUCAGCACUUGCGAUUUAUGCGCUUAUGCUCUUUUAAUCCUAAACUGGAUCAGUGGGUGACACACAGCUGUCCCAAAGCAUACAAAGCAGUUCUUUUGCCCAUUUCUGACGAUUAAGUGAAUCAUUCACACCAAUAAUGGUGACAAGAAAAAGUUAGAAUAUUAGGGGUCAAAAUAUUUUUUUUCACUAAAUUAGUUUAAAAAUAAAUAAAUAAAUAAAAUGUGCUUCAUGUGGUAACAUCUAAACGAACUUUUUUUUUUUUUUUUUUGCCUGUAUGAGGUGACAUUUGUCCAGUCUGGCCAUCUAAAACAAGUGCAUACAAGUGUGCUAUGAAUUCAUUACAUCAAAGACAAGACAAAAAUAAAUAAAUAAAUAAACUACUUAGGGUUUUUUUUGUUCUUAUGCGGAACAUUCUGUCAUGUAUUCAGUUUGAAAUACAUUGUAUUAUUGUGGCAGACGAGUGAAAAAAAUCAACUAGACAAUAUUUAAAAGCUCCAUCCAUCCAUCUCUAUUUUUUUUUUUUUUUUGUAUUAUUGUUUUAAUACUUUUCUUCUGGUUAUGUGAUCCUGAUAUAAUUCCUGUUGGUGGAGUCUGCAAAACUGUGUUCCAUUUAUAGAGAUAGUUUGUUCCUUACUUCCUCCUGGUAUCUUUGUGUGCAUUAUAAAACUGGUGUUUUCAAAACUGAUUUAUGUUUCUUCUGUUAUUUAUAGCUGGGAGUCUGUGGCAGGCCCUAUGGUAUUACAAAAAUUUGGUCCUAGUGACAAUUUUGGGGUCUGUUUCUCAAACCUUCUAGCUCCACCACUAGGGCUGAACAAUAGAGGUUAAAAUGAAAAUCAUGAUUAUUUUGCUCAAAAUUUCAAUCAUGAUUGUUCUGUGAUAUGAGAUUUUUAUAUAAUACAGGGAUGCAUGCUUUGAACAAAAAAACAAAAACAAAUCAAUGUUGUCACUGCCUAAAUAUCACUUCUAA